AUGUUAUUUGUUCUCUGCUAUCUGCUGCUCUUUGGCUCCACCUGUGUCGUUUCCACCUACGGGCCUCAUCAACGGGCGCAGAUGACAGGUGACAUCUUGCUAGGAGGCUUGUUCCCCAUUCACUUUGGGGUUGCAUCCAAAGACCAAGACCUGGCAGCGCGACCUGAGUCUACACAAUGUGUCAGGUUUAAUUUCCGUGGUUUCCGUUGGCUCCAGGCCAUGAUUUUUGCCAUCGACGAGGUCAACAACAGCAGCACUCUCCUGCCAAACAUCACCCUCGGCUACAGGAUUUUUGACACGUGCAACACGGUGUCAAAAGCGCUGGAAGCCACUCUCAGUUUUGUGGCGCAAAACAAGAUCGACUCCCUGAAUUUGGACGAGUUUUGCAACUGCACUGAUCACAUCCCGGCGACCAUCGCGGUCGUAGGAGCUGCCGGAUCCGCUGUGUCCACAGCAGUGGCCAACCUGCUGGGUCUGUUUUAUAUUCCUCAGAUCAGCUAUGCCUCAUCGAGUCGACUACUGAGUAACAAGAACCAAUAUAAGUCCUUCAUGAAAACCAUACCCUCAGAUGAGUACCAGGCCACAGCCAUGGCGGAUAUAAUCGAGCAUUUCGAAUGGAACUGGGUCAUCGCUGUGGCCUCAGAUGAUGACUAUGGUCGUCCCGGUAUAGAAAAGUUUGAGAAAGAGACAGAAGAGCGUGACAUCUGCAUUCAUCUCAAUGAACUCAUCUCUCAGUACAUGGAGGACCAGGAAAUCCAAGCUCUGGCUGACAGGAUCGAGAACUCUAGCGCCAAAGUCAUCGUUGUGUUUGCUAGCGGUCCAGAUAUAGAGCCUUUAAUCAAAGAGAUGGUCAGGAGAAACAUCACAGAUCGCACUUGGAUCGCCAGUGAAGCUUGGGCGAGCUCGUCUCUCAUCGCUAAACCUGAGUAUCUGGAUGUCGUGGUGGGGACUGUUGGCAUUGCUUUAAAGGCGGGACACAUACCUGAGUUUAAAGAGUUCCUGCAACAAGUACAACCCAAGAAAGUCAAUCACAAUGAAUUUGUCAGAGAGUUUUGGGAGGAGACUUUCAACUGUUACCUGAAAGACAGCCCCAGACUUCACGAAAACGACAAUGGCAGCACAAGUUUUAGGCCCUUGUGUACUGGUGAGGAGGAUAUCACGAGUGUAGAGACCCCAUACCUGGACUACACCCACCUUCGUAUCUCCUACAACGUGUACAGUGCCGUUUACUCCAUUGCACAGGCCCUGCAGGACAUCGUCACCUGCACACCUGGACGUGGUCUCUUUGCCAACAACUCCUGUGCAGAUAUAAAGAAAAUGGAAGCAUGGCAGGCACUGAAGCAACUAAGACAUCUCAACUACACCAAAAGUAUGGGCGGAAAGAGGCAUUUUGAUGAGAACUCGGCAAACUACACCAUAAUAAACUGGCACAGGUCUGCCGAGGAUGGUUCUGUGGUGUUUGAGGAGGUGGGAUACUACAAUAUGCACUCCAAGAGGGGAGCCAAGCUGGUCAUUGACAAGACAAAGAUACUGUGGAAUGGACACAGCUCUGAGGUGCCGUUCUCCAACUGCAGUGAGGACUGCGAUCCUGGCACCAGAAAGGGCAUCAUAGACAGUAUGCCCAUGUGCUGCUUUGAAUGCACCGAGUGCUCAGAUGGAGAGUACAGUAAUCACAAAGAUGCCAGCAUUUGCACCAAGUGUCCCAAUAACUCCUGGUCCAGCAGCAACCACACCUUCUGCUUCUUAAAGGAAAUCGAGUUCCUCUCCUGGACUGAACCCUUUGGGAUAGCGUUGACCAUAUGUGCGGUCCUGGGCGUCCUAUUGACCGCUUUUGUCAUGGGAGUGUUUGUCAAAUUCCGCAACACCCCCAUAGUGAAGGCCACAAACCGAGAGCUGUCCUACUUGCUGCUCUUCUCACUCAUUUGUUGCUUCUCCAGUUCGUUUAUCUUUAUCGGGGAGCCGCACGACUGGAUGUGCCGUCUGCGCCAACCGGCUUUCGGCAUCAGUUUUGUGCUGUGCAUUUCUUGCGUCCUUGUCAAAACCAACAGAGUGCUUUUGGUGUUCGAGGCCAAGAUUCCGACGAGUUUCCAUCGUAAAUGGUGGGGGUUGAACCUGCAGUUCCUCCUGGUUUUUCUCUUCACUUUUGUCCAGGUCAUGAUAUGUGUGGUGUGGCUUUACAAUGCCCCGCCUUCCAGCUACAUGAACCAUGACAUCGAUGAGAUCAUUUUCAUCACCUGCAACGAGGGCUCGGAGAUGGCUCUUGCGUUUCUUAUUGGCUACACAUGCCUGCUGGCGGCUGUCUGUUUCUUCUUUGCAUUCAAAUCCCGCAAACUUCCGGAAAACUUCACGGAAGCCAAGUUCAUCACUUUUAGCAUGCUCAUAUUCUUCAUCGUUUGGAUCUCUUUCAUCCCCGCCUACUUCAGCACUUACGGAAAGUUUGUUUCAGCCGUGGAAGUCAUCGCUAUCCUGGCGUCCAGUUUUGGCAUGCUGGCCUGUAUUUUCUCCAACAAGGUCUACAUCAUCCUCUUCAAGCCCUCCAGGAACACCAUUGAGGAAGUCAGGUGCAGCACAGCGGCCCACGCCUUCAAGGUGGCUGCCAAAGCCACGCUUAAACAUGACACGGUGUCUGGAAAUAAGUCUGGCAGCAUCGGGGGAUCAUCUGCCUCCUCCCCGUCGUCCUCCAUCAGCCUCAAGACAAACGGAGACGACAGCGAGACCACUACUAGGAGGCAAAAGCCGAGGGUGAGCUUUGGCAGCGGGACCGUCAUGUUGUCUUUGAGCUUUGAGGAGUCAAGGAGGAGUUCUUUGAUGUGAUAAUCUACCUUUUUACACAUUUUACUUUGGACUUUAUUUUGAAAUGUAAAGUAAACCACGUCAUUUACUCUAACAUACCAUACUUUCCAGGCUAUAGAGCGCACCAGGAUUCAAGCCACACCUACCAAACUUUAGAAGAAAUAAACAUUUUUGAAUAUAUUAGCCGCACCCGACCAUAAGAUUUUGUAAGUGUUUAUUUACAUAGCUUAAUUGUUUUCAAAUGGUGCCUGUCACAAGGCAAUAAAAUGUCUGAUCAAACAAAACAGAAGUCAUCACCAUGGACCCACUAGCUGCGGAAGUUACCUCUCCAAUCAGCUAAACAGACUCAGUAACUCCACGGUCACGUUUUGGUGAAUUUACAAAACUGAAACAAUACAAUAAGAACGCCAUUGUAAGUUAAAAGUUCCAACACAGACACUUGGAAACAUGUUAGCGUAUUCGCUAAUGCUAACGACGCAUUCACGACUUCAUUACAUUACGACAGCAUGUACAAAUAUACAUGAAAACGCU